GCCUUCCCCUUUCAUUUCUUUUCAUACUAGAAAGUUCCUCUUUUUCUCCUCUUGUUGAUUUCCAAGUGAUUAUAACUGUGGGGGGAGUUUUAAUAGGGACCUAAGGAAAUGAGCACAGCAAGAUUUCUCAAGUGUGUGACUGUAGGGGAUGGGGCAGUGGGAAAGACAUGCAUGCUUAUUUCCUAUACUAGUAAUACCUUUCCAACGGAUUAUGUUCCAACGGUGUUCGACAACUUCAGUGCCAAUGUGGUGGUUGAUGGUAGUAUUGUGAACGUUGGCCUAUGGGAUACUGCAGGACAGGAAGAUUACAAUAGGCUAAGGCCUCUAAGUUAUAGAGGAGCCGAUGUGUUUCUGUUGGCCUUCUCCCUCGUCAGCAAGGCCAGUUUCGAGAACAUCUCUAAAAAGCAGUGGAUCCCAGAGCUAAAGCAUUACGCACCCAAUGUGCCAAUCAUACUCGUGGGGACCAAACUUGAUUUAAAAGAAGACAAGCUGUUCUUGGCUGAUCAUCCUGGAGCAACACCAAUAACAACAGCUCAGGGUGAGGAGCUGAAGAAUAUGAUUGGUGCAGUCGUCUACAUAGAAUGCAGUUCCAAAACUCAGCAGAACGUGAAGGCCGUGUUUGAUAGUGCAAUAAAGGUUGCUUUAAGGCCACCAAAACCAGAGAAGAAGCCACGCAAACAAAGAACAUGUGCUUUCCUCAAAUGUUAAAUCAACGUCGAUAUCAAAUUCUCUUCUCCAGCAUUGUCACUGGUCAAUUAAAGCAUAUUUU